CGGCAGGCGCGCCUGUGUCUGGCCCUGGCUGGGGGAGGCGAUGGCGGAGCGGGGGACGUCAGUGUAAGUGGGCCGGUCCUGGGCAGGGCAGAGCCUCUUCCCUCCCUCCCGCUGCAGGGAAGCAGCAGGGUCCGCGCUAAGCUCCCAGCCCUGUGCCUCAGUGAAUGGUCCGGGUGCGACUGGGGGGGUGGGGGAGCCCGGCCGCCGGGGGGGGGGGGGAAGGCAGCGCCUGGGGAGCCGGAGUGAGAGGAGUCCCAGCCCUCCGUGCCGCCUGGCACCGGGGAUUACCAGCCUGGGGAGCCUGCAGAGCCGCAGCACUGAAGUUGCAAGGGGCAGGCGGGAAUAGAUAAUUGGUACCACCGUAGGGAGCCUGCCUCUGUUAGGAUCAGGAGCAAAAGAUCGCGGUCACUCAUUCUGAGAUACAACUGGAACUCUCUCCUUUGCAAACAGUUUUUUCUCUUUUCUCCUUCAAAAGCCAAAUCCUCUGGGCAGUGAUGGCAUGUCUGUACAUGGAUUGGUGAAUGGAGGGAAUAUGAAAACACCGUGCAUUAGAGUGUUGCUGGUCUUCUGAAGUGGUCAACCAGAUUCCCUUAAAGUGGUCGUCUGAGUUAUAACACAGGUGUGUGAUGUAAAAGCAGUGGGCAGUCCUCGGGCCCUCCCCCACACUAUUGUAACGUCAUGUGCCAGUAUGAAUAUUAAAGCAGAAACACAUACUUCAGUAUUCAGCAACCAAAGGAGAAGCUAAACACUGAGAACAAAUGACUGGAGUGCUUGCAAAACUUUGGGCAGCUAACUUCUUCUCCUCCUUCCCUGCUAUUGUGAAACAGCUGGAAAAGCAGAACUGAAGCAGCAUUUUUUGUGGAUAUUUUUUCUUUUUUUAUUUAAUUUUUCCCCUUUGUUUUGGGUUUCAGACUCUCAAACUGCACUGACCGUAAGCACUGGACAGCAAUAUGUGUCAUGUCAUUGUAACUUGUCGCUCAAUGCUGUGGACACUCCUGAGUAUUGUCGUGGCUUUUGCAGAGCUCAUAGCUUUCAUGAGUGCAGAUUGGCUAAUUGGCAAAGCCAAGCCUGUGAGCUCUGAAGAUGUGGACAACAGGACAGGAGGCUCACAGGAGCCUUAUCAUCCAACUUUGGGCAUCUAUGGGCGUUGCACCAGAAUCUCUCACAUGCAGGUUUCCAAACGAGACACGCUUUGUGGGCCCUAUGCAGAGAACUUUAAUGAGAUUGCCAGUGGGUUCUGGCAGGCUACUGCUAUUUUCCUAGCUGUGGGGAUCAUGAUUCUCUGUGCUGUGGCAUUUGUGUCUGUCUUUACUAUGUGUGUGCAGAGUGUAAUGAAGAAAAGUAUUUUUAAUGUCUGUGGGCUGCUACAAGGGAUUGCAGGUAAGUGUGAUUUGACAGCAACUGAAAACUUCCCCAACUAUUUUAUAUAUAACUCUUCCAUAUGCCAGUGUUUAGGAAUUUGUCUUGUUUGAAUAGCUAAUCAUCAUGUAGGUGGAUUAAGGAUUGCACUGUGCCAAGGUGAACAGACCAAAGUUUCCUAUAUUGCUGUUCAAGUCUUUCUUCUGUCUGAAAAGUGUGUUCCAGUAACAAGGAUUUCUCUCCUUAGCUUUGCUCUGUGGUGUUAGCAAAUGCUGGCACCAACAAUAGUGUGUCUGCCUCUCACUCCUUUAAUGAUUUUUCCAUUAGUUCUGAAGGCAGUUCUCUGUAUCCAUGUCUCUCUCACUUCGGGGUCGUGAUGAGAGUAAAUCCCAGGCAUAGAGCUAUAUUUGCAUGCACGGGCUUAUCCAAGAACACAGUUUGACCCAUGGUGCUUUCUGGAAAUAAGACCCUUCUUCAUUCAUCAGGGAGUUCAGUUGCUUUUGAAGAGGUGAUUUUACCUUUUCACUGCCUAAGUGAUGGUCAUUUGAACUGAACAAAUGAAGUGGCUUCUGGUGACUUGUCAUUUCUAAGUUUCCUGAGAAAUCUGAUCAGAUAUUAUUCAGUUUUAUUGCAUAUUUCCUGGAGCGUAACAAAAAUUCUGUGCAGUGAGAUCAAAAAAUGAAUGCUAAAUUCCUCCCUUUCCAAUGGAUGCUAGCUAGUAGUUCUGGGAGCUUUCAUUGAUAAGGAGUGUAAAAACCACUAUCAUGUGAAAGUUUUUGUAUUAUACACUCUGCUCUGAUCAUUUCAGGACAGAGGCUAUCUUCAGAUAUAACCAUAAAGACCUUCAUGGAUCUACUUGGGAGUCACCAGGGUGGCAGCAGGAAAUAGGAUAUGUACAGAAGUCUUUUCUUCACCCUCUGGGCUGUGCUCUCAACCAGAUAUGUUCAAACCAUAGAAAAGGGUUUUGUUCAAAAGAAGGUUGGCAUUUCAAAUUGAUUCUCAUUUUAGGCAGACCAGUUUGCCUGAAUGUAGUAAAUGCCUAUGUAGCCAAACAGUGUCCUGUUGGCUGCAUGGUAAGAGGAGAUGCAAGAGUGCAAGUUUAAUUCUUUCUAAAGCUAAUAAUAUGUUGUGCUCAGUUGCAGGCUAGUUUAUGCCUAGUAGCAGGGUACAUGGGAGUGUUGGGAGUGUGUAAAGAGCCUUCCCCUGGCUGCAUGCAAAUGAGCUCCAAGACGCUGUAAACCUAGCUAGGACUCAUGACUCCCCAAAAUGGGGUGAGGAGAAGGUCAGGCCUGGCAGCAGCCAGCAGAGCUGUCUGAGUACAAGUGCAGCGCGCAUUGCACCUCGAAGUGGGGUGCUGUAGUAGCUUCCCCUGCACUCCCUGGAGAUCCAGAAUAAAGGCAUCAUGCUUGCUUCACACUACCCGCAGUGUAAGGCUGUGCCCUCUAGGCACAAUAGAGCCCUAAAUUGGCUCUCAAUUCACCUGUUUAGAUGGUGGCAUACAACUAGCAAAGGGAUUUUUUUACAAUGAAAACGGCACCUCUUUGGUCUGACCACUCCGUUUUGGAAAUUCACCAUCACAAAUGCAAAAAAUAUACAGGUUUGAAUGUCAGAGCUGUAGCAUCUCAUUGUACGUUUUAGCUUUUUACCUUUUUUAAUUGCCACUUAUUUCAGAAAUUAGCAGGUCAACUGUAAUUUUGCUGGGCUGAUAUUCCCUUCGUUUUACAAUGAGGUGAAUAUUUAUAAAGAUUCUAAUUUCAAAACUAGUAGGAGGCAGAUUCCUGAAUCUUGAAAGACUGUUCUGGACUGGAGACCAGUUCUACUUGCCUCUGAAAAGGGAAUAUGAGAAAAAGAAUUGUAUGUUUUAUAAUUGAACCAGCUGUGCCUUUAGGAAGAACUAUGGUUUCAAGAAUUGAGUUAUCUGAUGGGUAAAGCAUUUCUCAUGUGUUAGGGAAGAUGUCAGUCCCUCUUUUUGAAAAGUGCUAUGAAUGGAAGCACUUCCUUCUUAUAGUGUAGAUAAAUCCACAUAGCAUGAACCAGGGUAAUUGAAAGGUCACAUUAUUUAAACUGUUGCUAUGGUAAAGGCCCAUAUAAUUAUUUGCAGCCAGCCAUCUUGUGACUAGUGAUUUGUUCUCUCAAGAUUAAUUUUACUGAAUGCAUUGCUGCUUUGUGCCGAUAGUAUUGCUGUAUCUGGAUGGCUGAAAAUGUUUUGCUGAUGACUUGUCACAGCUGUGAGGUUUAAUUUUCUCAAUUCCUGAUUUUGGAAAAUAUUUAACCAAAUGGUUCAAGAAGGACAGCUGUCAGCAUGGUUGAACUUUAAGUAACAGAAUUUUAACAGUAUUCCCACAUCUAGAGUAAUACUGCAGCUAUCAAAGCUCGUAAAGGACAGCCAUGCAUGGUCCUGACUCCUUGUCUUAAGUUUUCUGAUCUUUCAAAUGUGACUCUGAAAAGAAGCAGGGGGAAUAACGUUCAUGAAGUAGCUUUGCUUUUCUGUGUGUGUGUGUGUGUGUAUGUGUGUGUGUGUGUGUGUGUGUGAGAGAGAGAGAGAAAUUUGCAGUUAUGUAGUACAUCUUUUCUUCAAAGAUGUGAUGCUCUUACUUCAGGUUCCAACCACAGCACAAGCAUUUACAGGAACUGAGGAUCUAGCAGACGUAAUCACAUUUAAAAUCUCUAUAUCUUUGCUACAAGGACUUAAUGUAAUUAAAACAUUCUGCAAGUUAAUCUAUUCCUGGAAUUCAUCAUGAAAAAAAACAAUAAUGGACACCGGAUGUAUCAUUUCUGUCUAACAUCUUAGGUUGUGACCUGGGAGUUGUCUGAGGUGAAAUUGUAGAUUACAAAAAUGCAUCUCUUCUGUUAUGGCAUUGGUUCAACUUCUGCCCUUGGACACAUGUCUGGAGCUCCUGUUUAGGUCAGUGGGAGCCACACACAUAUCUAGUUUACAGAGAGUUUUUGUUUGUUGUAGACAAUCAGAAGUAUAAAGCUUAAUAGAAAAAAUCUGCUUCUUUAAAAAGGCCCUUUCAAAAUUUUGGAAUUCCUUUGUAGUGGAGUAAGUCUUUCAGCACUCACUUUUAAGACUAAUUCCUUUUAUUGUGGAAGUGCAGAAAUAUUAACUGGCAGUCUUAAUUUUGUAAACAUAUCAUGCCAUCAAGAAACGAUUCUGUCAUCUGCUCCAAAGAGUGGAACCAUAUCAUUAGAUAAAUAAUUAUCGCCUAGCAUCUAGGAGACUGGACAAGCAUUCAUUUGAAUGUCUUUGUGAAGCAUGCAAUCUGUUUUUAAGGCAACUGAAUCACUUGGAACGCUAGGGGCAAAUGAUGCACUGUUCUAAAAUGCAUAUAUUAAUUGAUAAGCAAAUAAUUCCAGGUAGAUUGUCAUAGUCACUAUCAAGAUGUAGGUAGUUAAUUUUCAACAGUCCAUGAGUCAUAUGUGCAUAUUAUCGUCAUUUAUUUAUUUGUAUUAUGGUAGUGCUUAGAGGCCCCAAUCAGGACCCCAGUGUGUUAAGCAGUGUAUACACCCUUAAAGAAAACCUAAUCCCUGCUGAAAAAGUUUACAAUCUAAGUAGAUUGUAUUAAUAAAUCACCUUCCAAUCCUGGCAUUCAUGUUUACUCCUUAUUCUUGUGUCCUGAUUGACACUGUAAAUUGUUUAAAAAAGCAGAGCUUCCUACAGUGACAUCAGACUUCUAUCUCUGGUAUAAUUUAGUUCCAUUAUGAGAUUGGUCAUUAUAAACUUUUUUUAAAAUCAACCUUAUAGGUAUUAAAAAAAAAAAGUGAACCUUAUGCUCUAAAUAGAUAGUAAAUAGGCAGCACUGAGUCUGAAUGCUAGGCAGAUACUGUCCUACAUUUAUAUGAAUUUGGCUGAACAGGCAUCUGCUCUAGUGAUUUCAGACUGGUUUAUGAAUGUGUGGGCUGGGACUUAGAGACCUUCAGUGACACCCUAUCCACAUGUCAGAACAAUGGGACCAGAUUAGCAGCGUGAAUAACUUGACAUUAUCUGAACUCUGAGACAUCAGCAGGCCAAGUCUGUUUCCGUACGGGGAACAGCACAAUGUCACUCUGACAGAGCUUUACAAAUAAAUAAAAUGAUGUUUCUUAAUAUAUUGGAAAGGCAGUUUAAUUUGUUACUUCCAUUUGAAUUAUAACUGCCUUUCUUUGCUGAAACAAGAAUAUAUUACCAGCCAGGCCUAUUAAAUGGAUGAUGUAGCCCACAGGUCCUAAAACCUUUUCAUAGUGUGGACUGUAUUUUUUUAGGGAGCCAUCUUGGGGACUACCUUUUCUUGUCCUCCUCCCCUGCUGCCAAACUGGGACCCCCAUUCUUCAAAAUCUGUUCUCCACACCAUUACAUUCAAAGCCAAUUCCACCCCAUAUUAUUUAACAUUUACAUUGCAUUAGCAGCUAAGGCCCACAAUCAGGUGGGGACUCCCAUUGUGUUUGGCAUUGUACAAACAUAUAAUAAAUGAUAGUCCCUGCCUCAAAAAGCUUAGCAUCUAGAAGACAAGACAUAACAGGUGCUGAACUAAACAAGCAGGCCCGGGUGGCAAGGGGCAGAUGGGGUAACAUAAAUAUAAGAGGAUGUGCAAAUUCUCAGCCUGUCAGGAGUAGUGAUCACAGUUCUCCACUUACCAAGCCGUUAUCAGGUUUGCAGUUUACCAUCAUUUCCUCACCCUCCUCACAGUUUCCCUUAUCCCAGAACAAAUAAAAAAAAAAAUCUCCACUCCCAGAGGAUUAAUUUCCCCUCCACAAUGAACGUCAGUUUUCCCCAGUGAUAUUCAGUGCACACCUGGAAUCAAAUCCAUUCCCCCCAGCUGAAUCUCAGUUUGCUUCAAACAAUUGUCCAUCAGGUGACCUGGCCUCCUCCCACCAGAAGCACUUUCCAGGAUCCCACUCCGCCGUCACAAGUCCCCACCAUGCUCCAUCCCCUUUGUUCCCUUCAGUGUUCCCUCCCUCUAAUCCUAUCCUCUUCUCCAGCAGUCACAUUUCUCCAUGUUGCUUCUCCUAUUCCCGCCACAGACCACAAUUUAAGGCAGGAGUCUCAAACAGGCGGC